UGCACAUCGAUGCGUUUCCGCACCUUCGUCUGUGGAUUUUUUUUCGCAACCAAAGCUGGUUUCAGAAUGAUGGCACGAAAGAGUGCAGGUGUGUCCUCACGGCCGGGUUGGGGUGAGGAGUCGCUCACCCGGACUGACUGACAUCGGACCCUUUGAAAAGCCACCUCAGUUCGCGAUAUCAUAUUCAGUCGGCUCGGAAUAUGGCGGUCCGCCAUGUUUUGUUCACUUCCGCCGUUUUGGGGGUUUUCCGGAUCGUUGCUGCAUUUGGAUCCUCGGUGCGUGACGCAGCGUCCGUCGCAACUUAAUCUGGACCCGCUCAGGGGAAAUGGGACGCCGACUCGGGUCACAAAAGGCGGAGGACAAGGGAUGGUUGUAGAUAUAUAUUAUCAAAGCCCCAUUAGAACAAUUCGAUGGUUCAGUCAAAGUUCGCUCGCUAGAAGGGUGUCUCGACGGUCGAUACACGACCAAUUGCGCCGCUCAUCCAAACAAUGUCCCACCCAUCUCCGUCCGCGCACCGAGCUUGAUCCGAUGCACUUCAUUCCCGAUUUUGAUUUUCACAUCCUCGAUCUUCACCCUCGUCUUCCGCAGCGCUGCAAACGCCUCCUUCCCCGCCUCGGAGGCAAAGUCCACCUCCCAACUCUCCGGCUGCUCCAGCUGCCACGCCAGUGAAAUGUGAAAAGACGAAUCCCCCGACUCCUUCCAUCCCCGUUCCUUGCCCACAGCACCAUCAGCGGACAUCUCCGGCUGCUUCUUCCCACCCACGUAAAGUUCUGGCAGCCCCCAUUCCUUUGCGACCUCGUUACACGUGUCUAGCAGCGUCUUCAAACCCCCG